CCGUCAGGGUGGUCGUGCGACCCUCGGCCGAGGUGGCGGAGGGGACGGAGGUGACCCUGACGUGCCAGGCCCCCCGCGCCGCCCCCGGGUCGCCGUACAGGUGGUUCAGGAACGGGCAGUGGCUGGCCGAGGGACUCGCCGCCUCCCUGGGGCUCCGCGGCCGCCGCUCCGACGCGGGACUCUACUCCUGCCAGGCGGGCAGGGGGCACCGGGCCCCCCCCGCCGCCCUCAGGGUGCUCUACGCCCCCCAGGAGCCCACCUUCACCUCCCUGCUGGACCCGCGGGGGGGGCGACAGGCCGUCCUGCUCUGCUCCGUGGACAGCUUCCCCCCCUCGGAGCUGGCCGUGAGCCGGGGGCCCGGGCAGCCCCCCCUGGCCUCGUCCCGCGGCCCCUCGGCCCCCGGGCUGGACGUGCGGGCCUCGCCCAACGCGCUGCGGGUGGGGCUGGGGCCACUGGGGCCGCGGGACUCGGGGCUCUACCUGUGCUCGGCCAACAACAGCCACGGCACCGCGGCCGCGGCCCUGCAGCUCCACGGGGCAGGGGUCUCGGUCACGGUCGAGCCGUCGCCAGAAGUGCCCGAGGGCAGCAGAGCCACCCUGACCUGCUCGGUGCCCCCUUGGUGGGGCGAAGGUGCCAACUACACGUGGCACAGGGACGGGCGGUGGCUGCGGGAGGGACCGUCCCCCUCCCUCGUCCUGCCCCGCGUCUCCAGCGCCGACUCGGGCUCCUACGGCUGCCUGGCCAGCGGGGCCUGGGGCACGGCCAGCUCGGCCCCCCUCGGCCUCAGCGUCCUCUACCCUCCCCGGGACGUGUCCGUCAGCACCUUCCUGGAGAACCGCGGCGGGCGGGCGGGCAUCGUGCUGUGCAGGGUCGACAGCCACCCGCCCUCCUCCCUGGCCCUGCUCCACCAGGGCCGGCUCCUGGCCUCCAGCCCGGCCCCCGCCGCCACCCCGGGGGUGCGCGGGGCCCCCUCUCACAACUCCCUGCGGGUGGAGCUGGGGGCGCUGGGCCCGGGGGCCGCCGGGCGAUACCUGUGCGUGGCCACCAACGCCCUGGGCAACGCCACGGCCAGCGCCCACUUCGACGUGAACACCCUCACCCACCUGCAGACCUUCACCAUCCUGACUGGGCUGCUUGUGGCCCUCGUCUGUGUGGCCACCCUGGGCCUGCUGGCUGUGAAGAUGUGGCCCAGGAUCAGGAGGUUUCGGGGCUGGACGGGUGCCGAGGACACCCUGGAGCUGAGGAGCAAACAGGAGCCAGCACAGGUGGAUGGAGCAUCUUAACCCGGUGGCUCUUGGACCCAGGAGCAUCUGUGGCAUCUGUUGCUGGAAUUUCAUGAUCCUGGCCUGGCUGGAUCCUGGUAGCCCCCCCUGGGGCCCCCCAGCCCUAUCCCAGCCCCUGCCAGCCCCAUUCCAUCCCCUGCCAGCCCCACCGUGCCCCUCAUCCCUCCCCAGGGGAUGUUGUUCUCACGUGGGGCAGGGUUUGGGCUCACCACGUCACGUGCCAGGCCGUGCAAGCUGUGACUGCCCAGAGCUGUGAAAUCCUGGAAAGACAAUAAAACCAGAUCUCCCGGUGCUGGU